AUGGAUUGGCUGAACCAUUUGAAGAAGCCGCAGCUUUAUGCGGUGCUGGCGCAGGCGUUGCUGGGAGCGAGCACGGGGCAUGUGACUGUAGCGAGGGUGCCUAGAGACGGGUGGUUUUGUCGGGAGCAUGGCGCGUGGCAUGCGGCCGGGGAGGAUUGCGAGGGAAGGGAGGGGUCUGGAGGUGUUUCGGGUGGUGGAGGGGAUGGUUCGGGGAGUGGUGAGGGAUUGAGAGGUGUGGGGAGGGAAGGGAGAGAGGGGAGUGUUGGGAGGGAUGGAUUGGGUCCUCGGGCGGGAGAUGGGAUGGGGAAUGGUGGGGUUGGGAUUGAGAGUGGUGGGGAGGACAGGCGAAACGGUCAACUUUCCAGGUUAAGCGGGCAACAGGGAGAAGAUUCUUCAGGUGAAACUCAGGUGAAUGGUCAGGUGGACACGCAGCAGCCGCUGCUGCAGCAGCAGCAGGUGACAGGGAGAGACACAUGGCAUGAGCUGGAUGAGUCUGAAGUAUGGCCACCUCAGCUGGAGAGCCACGUCAUCUGGGCGUCUGCCGGCGUGGCUGCUGCUCCGCUUGCCAGAGCACGGGCUGCGGGUGUUGCAGGGAUGGAGGAUCGGGCAGCGGCAGCGGGUGGGGCUGCGGCAGCAGCAGGGGCAGGGGCAGCAGCAGGGGCAGCGGCAGGGGCAGGGGAAGGGGGAGGCGGGGUGGGGGGGGAAGGGGAAGGUGAAGGGGCAGGGGCAGCGGGGGAAGGAGGCGGAGGGGGUGGGUUGAACUCAGAGCGGGCUGGAAGGAGGCAGCGGAUGGGGGGGUGGUGGGGCAGGGGAGUGCGGGGGACUGGAACAGGGCCCGGAGGUGUGGGGACCGGUGGUGCUGGUGCGGGUGUAGGGGAUGCAGGAGCGGGAAUGGGGGCAACAGAGCAGCAGCAGUUCCAGCAGCAGCAGCAGCAGCAGCAGCAGUACCAGCAGCAGCAGCAGGAGCAGGGGGGGCAGCGAGGGGGUGCCAGUGGGGGAGGGGAGGAGUGCGUAGAGGCGCGAAUGAACAUGGGAGCGCUGAGCCUGGCGUUUCAGAAGCACCUGGCGCUGCUGGUGCGAGCUGAGAGGAACCGCAGCAGCGAGGCUUUGAGGCUGCUCGUGUGCUCUGAGGCUGUUCCUUCCAUCCUCAGCUGGCUCACCAGCGCUGAAAGCACGAGGGAGGAUCAGAUGUUGCUGCGGCAGCUGCUGAUGGCAGUGCGAGUGGCGGCAAGUGAGGAGGCUGGAGGGCUGGACUGGUGGAGUGGCGUCAAGUGCUUCUACUCCAAACGAGUCACCUUCAAACGGGACAAAGCAGCCCCUGUAGCAUCGGCUCCCACACCCACCCCCGCACCUACCACCAUUGAACUCGCCCCGGUUACCACCUAG